AUGUGCUUAUCUAAGAUUUUCUCCCCCGUUGAUCAAUCACUAAAGGUAUUGGUAGAGGUCAUGACACGAUUGGCGGGUCAAGAAGUGGUUAAGGGAACUCGCAAGCGCGGCCGAUCUAAGGAGUGUGGAACCGAUGAGGAGGCGCACUUUGUUAUCCGCAUUAAUGGGAGGGUAACUCAGGUGCCCUCUGCCGCACCGUCCCUGAACCUUCGGCAACUACUUGGACAAGCGGGUGUGUUGCUGCAGGACAUAACGGAUGAGGAGACCCCUAUCCUAUUGCUACCAUGUCCCAACACUGGAAACGUUACGGUGCAUCCCAAUCAUAACUAUAGGCUAGUGAAGUUCGUUGGUGAGCACGUGUGCCCUGCCGGAGAUUUUUUCCCUGCUAACGACCAUGAGAUAGACGCCAUAACAUUUACUGCUGAGGGUAACAAACUGCACAAGAAACGUGUCUUUCAAAGCAAAAAACUGGCCGACAGUACUUUGGGUUCCUUAAUGGUAUUCCUACAAAGCAACAAAAUAUCGUAUGCUCGAGAUUUCCUUAUGCUAAAACCAGAGGAAGUCGAAAUUUACAAAGGAAAAGCAACUGCAGCAAUGAUGAGGCACUGCAUAAAGGGUGUUGAAUUGGAAAGUAGCGAUGAGGAAGUGGAGGAAAGUGAGGUGUGUUACGAAGGGAAAGAGGAUGAGGAAGACUAA